CUUGAAUGUGGGGCCACUUCCACGAGCCCGGCUCGGAACGCGUCUGCCCCCGAGAGCGAGGCUGGGCUGCCGGCGAGGUCCCGGCGGGAGCGCGCGGGGCUGCUGGAGAGCGGAGAGCGGAGAGCGUGCUCGAGCCCAGGGACGAUCUGCUGCAGAGUGCAGCCCGGAGCAGAAUCGGAAGGUUUCAGGGUUGCAUUUCGAAGUAUUGCACGUAAUCUCUUGCUUGUCAGUUCGAUCUCCUGCUCGCGGCGUGUGGACCUUGCCACGAGGAGAAUUCUGCUCCGACGCUCCAACGACAAUCCGGACUUCUUCUUCUUCCUCCCCUCUCUCUCUCUCGUUUCAUCAAUUUCGAUGCGAGAUGAUGUUGGACGGAGCGGGAGCUCAGGGUUAUAAAGAGAGCAGAUGCUGUCCUCCGAAGGCUUGGAAUCUGUAGGAAUUUGAUCAGUGCUUCGUGCAAGUGUUGUGGGGAUUCUUUGUGGCAAUAAUUCUCGUCGGUGGACCGAGUUUUUCGUUCUGCUUUUGUUUUGACGUUGAGCUGGUGGAGUUGGGGACCCGAGUUUGGUGUUCGUGUGAUUCUUUGAGCUGUUAGGCUGAAGCGAUGGCCAUCGUCGGGGUGGGCAACUGCCUCGGUGUGCACGUUUUUGUGAGUUUCUCUCGGAUUCGUGGAGGUGGCAGAGAAAAGGACGCGUUUUCUUCGCUCUCGGAACUUCGCCCUCUGUCCGCUCAGUGUUGUACCCAGCUGCCCAAGCGAUUGAGAUGUGGAAUGCAUCAACAGCGAGUCUUAGUCAGGCCUUGUGCGUCAUUGCUAGUACCAAGCGGCUGUAGAAGCGGUUGCCGAGGAGGAAAGCAGUCUUUGCGAAGUUCAAAUUUAGACUUCUUUUCUCGCGGGAAACAAGUCCAUAGAUUAUCUUACAGAAAAAAAUAUUUGUCGAUUACUUCCAGUGCAGCUGGAAAUGAAGGUGAAAGUGCUGACACCGUCGAGAAGUCAGAAAGUGGGUCACUGUCUAGCGUGGAAUCUGAAGAGAAUGUAGAGGGUGGAGAACCAGAAGUUGUACCUGCCGAAAAUUUCAUGUUUGAGGAUCAGUUGAAGAUUAUGGAGGCAGACAUUAGGGUCGCUAGUGGGACUCUAGAUGGUGUGAAGAAAGUUGCAAGCUCAAUUAUACGGGUUCUUAGUGGAGCGUCGUGGAUAGACAAUGCAGCAGCUGCCCAGAAGGAGAAGAAAAUUGAUCUACUACCGAAACCAUACCGUCUGCUUGAUGGCACUGACCCAUCUCCAGCUGGUCCGUUGAGGAAGAAACUUGCUGACACUUGGCGGAGGGCCGAAUCGGACUUCAUGGCUUUUUCGAGGCAACUAGGAAAGUACGUUUUCAUUACUACCGGAACAGGAGCUGUCUUGGCAGCAGGCUUCGAAUUGACUGGUGGUAGUCCUCAUGAGCAAGGGGUGCUGUGGUUUAGUUGGCUUGCAGGAGUUGUGGUUGGUUCUAUGAUCGGAGCAGGUCAGGUCCUCGAGAAUCAUGCCAAGGCUGGACGUCGGACCGUUGUGAUUACUGGAAGUACUCGUGGACUGGGUAAAGCUCUAGCUCGAGAGUUUUUGCGACAUGGAGACAACGUUGUGGUAACUUCUCGCAGCGCUGAAGCAGUAAACAGCACCGUAGAAGAGCUCCGCGCUGAGGUACAGGAGCAAAGUGGCACACUUUCAACUCAAGAAGCUCAGAUGGAGUUAUUUGGACUGCCUAGGCUUGAAAGACCUGAUCCUCGGGUUGUAGGGAUCGCGUGUGAUGUAUCCAAAAGCGAAGAUGUGAAAGCGUUGGCUGCUUUCGCUGUCGAAGAGUUUGGAGCUGUGAACAUAUGGAUCAAUAAUGCUGGCGUGAACAAAGGGUUCAGACCCUUAUUGGAGUUUUCAGGAGAGGAGUUAGAGCAGAUUGUUUCGACGAACAUGUUGGGAUCGAUGAUAUGUACCAGAGAAGCUAUUAAGUUGAUGAAAAGUCAGCCCAAAGGAGGGCAUGUUUUCAACAUGGAUGGAGCUGGGUCAGGAGGUUCUAGCACGCCCUUAACUGCAGCAUACGGAGCAACCAAAUGUGGUUUAAGACAGCUCAACUCAUCUUUGCUAGAGGAGAACAAAGGCUCGCGUGUAGGUCUACAUACUGCUUCACCUGGCAUGGUUCUCACAGAUUUGCUCCUAAGUGGUGCUUCUCUUAGAAACAAGAAGAUGUUUAACUUCAUAUGUGAGCAACCUGAAACUGUUGCAAGAGCUUUGGUACCAAAUAUGCGUCUCGUAUCGGGUACAGGCAAGGCAGUCAACUAUCUUACUCCCACACGCAUCGUUUUGGCAAUUGUGACGGCUUGGAUCCGACGGGGACGCUGGUUUGAUGAAGAGGGAAGAGCAGUGUAUGCUGCAGAAACUGAAAGGCUUCGUAUGUGGGCGGAAGGUCGUGAAAGAUCGUCAGUGACAGCAGCCAUGGAACUUGUACCGAGCGGCACUUGGGUUUCUCUUUUCUCAUCCUCUGUUAUAUGUGCCUACAUCAUCUUCACGAGUAGCUCAAACGGAAACAUGCCAGGAACAUAAGCGAGCAAAGCCUGCUCGAGCUAGAUUGCGUAACAUAAACUAACGGGCUAGCUCAUACACGGAACGGACGUUAUCGCGGUGUGCUGGUCACACCAACAUGGAUUGGACUCGAAAGCCAAGACAAUUUCUCGAAAGUCCACGAAGACCUAUGAAAGGAAGCGUGAAGUAGGAGUAUGCAUUCAAUUUAGGAACGUCACGUCCACUUAUCAUUCUUUAUCGACGCAUAUCACGAGAAGAUUUUGUACAGACCACUACAGCAUCUACAACAUAGACACCGAUGAUCUUGGCUCACUAAGCACGAACUUGCUUGGGCUCGGAUUCAAUAUUCUAUUCUCCGAAAGUGAGGACUCAAGGCAAACUUAAAAGAAGCCAAGUUGGCUUCUUCUUUGUAAUAUUUAUAUAAAUAUAUAUAUGUAUAUAUUGAUACAUA